GAGAUUUCUUUUAAGCUCGAUUUCUGUAAAGCUCAGAAGUCUUUAUAGUGAGAAGAUUUAUUUUAAGCUCGAUUUCUGUAAAGCUCAGAAGUCUUUAUAGUGAGAAGUACUUAGUGCACAUUAUCUCUCUAUCAAAUAAUGGCAAACAGAAAUCAAUUUGGUAAUCUUCAGUACCUGUUUUCAAAAGAAUUGUGCACUAGUGAUACAAAUAAGUUGUGCAGGGUAAUAAUUCCGAAAGCAAAAGCGGAAGCAUAUAUUUUGCCGAUGUAUACAAGCAAAGAGAGAGAAGACAUUAAGGAGGAUAAAGACCUUAAGCUACGAGGUUUUGACAUUGAUUCAAACCAGGAGGAAAGCUUUGCGCUUAAGUUCUUAAAAAGUAGCAAGUGCUACGAGCUGAAGAGUGGAUGGAGUCAAUUUGUACAGCGGAGGCAAUUGAAAAUGGGCGAUGUCUUUAAUUUUUAUGUAAGAAGUGACACCAAACAACUAUGUAUAAGCUGCGACCAACCCCUUAAACUCAAACUCGCCUCUCCAGAAAUGUUGUGUGGGGAAGAGUAUAAAAAGCCAAAAAUGGAGCGCUCAGAGAAGUUAAAUGGUGAAUGGAUAGAAGAAUUAAAGGAGGAGAACCUUAAAUUCAGAACCUCGUGGUUAAAAAUGUGGUAUGAUCAAGAGUAAAGAAAAGUAGGGGAUUGACCUCAAAUUGAGGCUAUCCUCAAAAACAUCCUUUUUCUUUUUUUUUUAACUCAAUAUCUUUUCCAUGUAUUAAUUUAGUAGAGGGAAACUCUCAUGAACUGUGUCAAUUCAGUUAUCAUUUAUUCAUUUUUGACAAUUUUGUAAAUCUGAGGGUUCAAAUUUUUCAAUG